GAACAAUCAAAAAAUUGUAGUUUACUUAAAAAUAUCGAAAAACCAGCUUUUCUUCACUUAAAAACUCGUAAAAGUAUUAAGUAAUUGUUUAUAAGCACCGAAUAAAGACCUGAAUAGUGAAGGAUCAAGGAAAUUGCAUCGAUAUUUGAGAGAAAAUCGUGAAAUAUUAAGAUCGUAUGAAAAAUUCAAUUUAUGGACCGAAAAGUAAUUAAAAUUUCGCCAAAGAAAAGGCAAUUGCGUGAAAGGAAACAGAAGAAAUUGUAUGCAGACGAAUGGGCUCUCGGAGAUGAUGAAUUUGAGAGUGGCAGGGCAUUUAGUGUAGCUGAAAAGCUCGAAUCGCCGGCAUUUGCUCAACAAGGAAUGGUUCGUGAAAUGAAAGGAAGUGACUUGAGUGUUGCGUUCCUUCAGCAGUACGGAUUCAAUAUUCCAUUGCUUGUAAAAGAGAAAACAGGCUUGGGACUUCAAGUGCCAUCGCCAAACUUUACAAUAAAUGAUGUAAGAAUGUGCGUGGGAUCUAGAAGAAUGCUGGACGUGAUGGAUGUAAACACUCAAAAGAACAUGGAAAUGUCAAUGAAGGAGUGGCAAAAAUAUUAUGAGGAUCCGAACAAAAAGAAGCUGUUGAAUGUCAUUUCCUUAGAAUUUUCACAUACAAAAUUAGAGAAUUACGUAAAAGCUCCAGCAAUUGUUCGUCAAACAGAUUGGAUUGACGUGGUGUGGCCAAAAAAGUUAAAGGAUGCUCAAAUUGAAGGCACAAAUUCUCUUAAUCAAAUGAUGUAUCCAAAAGUACAAAAAUAUUGUUUAAUGUCAGUAAGAAAUUGCUAUACAGAUUUCCAUAUCGAUUUUGGAGGAACUAGUGUAUGGUAUCACAUUUUAAAAGGAAGUAAAGUCUUUUGGCUUAUACCACCGACCGAGAAGAAUCUUCAGCUUUAUGAAAAAUGGGUAUUGUCAGGCAAACAAUCUGCAAUUUUCUUUGGAGAUAAUGUAGAGAAAUGUGCGAGAAUCUAUUUAACCGCCGGAAAUACAUUUUUCAUUCCAUCAGGCUGGAUACAUGCUGUCUACACUCCAACAGAUACUCUUGUUUUCGGUGGCAAUUUUCUUCAUUCAUAUGCCAUUGUAAAACAAUUGAAAUCAGCACAAGCUGAAGAUGCAACAAAAGUUCCAAUGAAGUUUCGCUAUCCAUUCUUUACCGAAAUGCUGUGGUAUGUUUUGGCAAAAUAUGUCUUUAUUCUCCUAGGCACAUCACAUUUAGAAGGCGAACCUGAUAGAAUGGAGGAAGCUGAGAAGCAAGAACACAUCCAUUUAACACAUUAUGAACUUUUUGGAUUAAAAGAAAUAGUAUUGUAUCUCUACGACUUACCACAGCACAAGAAAAAUGUUCCUGAAUUAAUUAAAGAUCCAGUUGCUCUUAUUAAGGAUGUAAGAACACUCGUUGAACGACAUUGUAAGGAUGAUAAUCAGCUAGCUAUUACUGGGCAUGCAGUAUUAAAAAUGGAGUUUAAUAUAAAUCAUGACAAGAAAUAUGAGAAUGUAAACAGUCAGCAAAUCGAUAUGCAUGAAGAUCAACAGAAUGUAAACUACAUAGAAAGUGUUUCAAAUAUUGCAAGUCACGAUACAUCACGAGACGAUUCAAUCUUUCUACAUCCAGCACCGGCAAAAAAUGGUUCAAAAACAACAAUUAAGAAACAAUUGGGAGAUGGUAAAGCACACAAUAAUGGAGCACCAAGACGUAGACGAACAAGGUGCAAAAUAUGCGAAGCUUGUCAAAGAUCGGAUUGCGGAGAAUGUACAUUCUGCCUCGAUAUGAUUAAAUUCGGAGGACCUGGACGAGCCAAGCAAACAUGUCAAAUGAGACAAUGUCUCCAGCCAAUGCUACCUGUGACAGCUUUAUGCUCUCGAUGUAACUUAGACGGUUGGAGGCAACAGCCUGUUCCAGCUCCACAAGCGAAAUUACAAGCUGCCAAUGAAGGAUCGCCUUCGUCAUUAAUGGAAUGUUCAGUUUGCUACGAAAUAACUCAUCCUGACUGUGCACAUAAAAUGCUAGAAACAAACAUUAGAGGAAUAGUUAAUGAAGAUUUGCCAAAUUCGUGGGAAUGUCCUACAUGCUGUGAAAGUGGAAAGAAUGCAGAUUAUAGGCCAAGGCAUUUUCGAGCAAGACAAAAGUCAUCGGAAGUGGGAAAGCACAAUCAAUUGUCGAAUGAUGAUCAUCAACAGUUGCAACAGCAUUUAAAUCUUUCAAAUACAGACUUUCAUCCGUCAUCAAGCAAUCAUUCCCAAGGAACUAAGCCACACAUAAAAUGUCCACCAACAAGUAUGGAUAUGGACAGUGAUAGUGAUGAAGAGCCAUCAAAGAAACCAAAACCUUCAUCAAGUACAUUUAAUAUUCAUAUUAAGCAAGAAGUUGAUGACAAUAAUGAGCAUGCAACAGGUAGAAAUAUGAAUAUAGUUAAGAGAAGAAAGAGUGAUGAUGAUCAUAAUAGCAUUUCUAUGGAUUCAAUGGAUGUGAAAAGUGAAAUGAGUAAGAAUGAUAGUUUGCCAAGAAAAAAGAAUCAAGUUCGUUCUCAACUCGCACAACAAAUAGUUCAAUCGUCAACAAAGCAAUUAAAGAAACCAAUGUACCCAGUUCGGCCCGGUCCGAAUUCAUCAUCACAUGGCAUUAAUGGAAAUUUAGCACUUGAUCCAAAAGUUAUGAUGCUUGUUUUCAAAUAUCUUCCUCAAGACGUUCUCGUUACAUGCAGCUUAGUAUGUAAAUCAUGGGCAAAGAUGUCAGUCGAGCCUGUAUUAUGGAAAAGAAUGAAUUGUGCUGAACAUAAAUUAUCUGCAAGCUUAUUAAUGGCUAUUGUAAGACGCCAACCUGUACAUUUAAUUCUUGACUGGACUAUACUCGCAAAACGCCAAUUAGCAUGGGCAAUUGCACGAAUACCAAGUAUGAAAAUUUUGAGCUUAGAAGGUGUACCGAUUCAGUCAAUAUUCGGCUUACACACUUGCUUAUGUCCACAACUUCAAUCCUUAAGUUUAAGCUUCGUUCGUGGUUUGAAUGAUCAUGCAAUAAGAGAAAUUUUAUCACCGCCAAAAGAUUCACGUCCAAGUACGGACUCGAAAAGUCGCUUGCGAAAUUUAAAAUGCUUAAAAUUAAGUGGCACAGAUGUAACUGAUGUAGCUUUAAGAUAUAUUACACAAGGUUUGCCAAAUUUAGUGCAAUUAGACUUAUCAUCCUGUCAAAGGAUCACAGAUGCUGGUGUUUGUCAAAUUGGCAUAUCGCUGAGUGCAAUUAAAACGCUCUAUGAGCUUGAUUUAAGUAGCUGCAAACUCAUUACUGAAUUAUCUCUAGAUCAUUUAGCAAAAUGUGAGGCAUUAACACGUCUCGAUCUACGAUAUGUGCCGCAAGUUUCAACUCAGGCAGUUAUUAAAUUUGCGGCUAAAUCGCCUAACGAUUUAAAGGUGCAAGAUAUAAAAUUAAUUGACAAGAGAAAUUAAGUUGUCAUCAUUUCAUUUAUUAGACUAUUAAGACUUCCUCUAAGUUAGUAGCUGAUACAAAUACUUUAUUUUAACUUCUUGACUUCCUUAAAUGAUUGAUUACAAAAAUAGCAAACACCUAAUAACGUAUAUCGUUUUAUAUUUUAAGUAAAAGAACUUUUUUAUGUGUCAUUUAAAUAUAGAUUAAAUUUUUUUUAGCUUGUAAGAUCAUUCUGAAAGAAAAAAAGACAGUGCCGAUAACAGUGACAGCACUAAAUAAGUUUUAGAACAUCAUAUUUGUAGUAUUAUAACCAAAGACGCUUUUUGGGAUUGAAUUAAAAAAUUCUAUUGUACGAUAUACAAAUUAAAUAAAUAAAUCAAGUAAGUGAAAAUAUUGUAAUAUUCAGUCUUUCGUGUGUGAUUGAUUAAAGGUAGAUUCUUUUCUCACAAAUAUGUCGAA